CGGGACCGCAAUGUGAUUCCUCCUCUUUGUCGCCCACACAGCAGCCACAGCGGCCGGGAUUUCGUGGGGAUCGCGAGAACCACGAGGACCACACACAUCAACACACCACCACUACCAACCACCUGGCGAAGCUCGUGGAGCCAUAGCGAGGCUCGUGGAGCCAUAGCGAGGCUCGGGGUGGAGGAGGGGGGGGGGUCAUGGUGUUCUUCUCGGGCUCGCUGCGUGUCCGCGUGCGCGGGGCUGUGGCGCUGAGGCCGACUCCGUGGUCCCAGCGGCUCUCGCUGAGCCCCCGCGCCCAGGGCACGACGCUCCUCGACCCCUACGUGGCGGUCAACGUGGACGAGACGCGGAUCGGGCAGACGCAGACGCGCAGCCGCAGCAACGACCCGCGGUGGGACGAGGAGUUCUGGACGGAGGUGCACAACGGACGCUGCAUCCAGCUGGCCGUAUUCCACGACACUCCGCUGGGCUACGACGACUUCGUUGCCGACUGCACACUCAGCUUCGAUGAGCUCCUGCAGCGCGGGGACACCCACUUCGAGCAAUGGCUGGAUCUGGAACCCGAGGGUCGCGUCUGGGUGGAGAUCGACCUGGAGGGCACCGCGAGCCACGAGGAGGCCGGGGGGCCCGGGGGGGCCGGGGCGGCCGCCUUUGUAGCUCCUCCCCCGGCCUCGCCCGGCCUCGUCGAGGGCCGCGCCGUCGCUCUGCCCGGGGCCGGCGGUGGAGGCGGCGGUCUGGGCCUGCCCACGGAGUGCCUCGCCAAGAAGUCGGAGGAGCUGGGCACCUUCCGCGAGCGGCCGUUCGCGCGCAAGCGGCAGGGCGCCGUGAGGCGGCGCGUCCACCAGGUGAGCGGCCACAAGUUCAUGGCCACCUACCUGCGGCAGCCCACCUACUGCUCACACUGCCGGGAGUUCAUCUGGGGAGUUAUAGGCAAACAGGGUUACCAAUGCCAAGUGUGCACGUGCGUUGUUCACAAGCGAUGUCAUCAGCUGAUCAUCACGCGCUGUCCCGGCAUGAAGAGAGACUCCUCCCCCGAGGUCGGGGGUCAGAGGUUCAACAUCAACGUGCCGCACAAGUUCUACAUCCACAACUACAAGGUGCCCACCUUCUGUGACCACUGCGGCUCCCUGCUCUGGGGGCUGCUCCGCCAGGGACUCCACUGCAAGGAGUGCCGCAUGGACGUGCACCGCCGGUGCGAGCGGAACGUGGCUCCCAACUGCGGGGUGGACGCGCGGGAGAUGGCGCGCGUCCUCGCCACCAUCGGGGUCACUCCCGACAAGAUCAACCAGCCCCGGAGGAAGGGAGGCACCCCCCCUCUGGUCCUGGCUGGAGACGGGAAGCAGCACAGUCACGUGGACAGGUCCAAGUCGGCCCCACCCACACAGCCACAGCCUGAAGAUGUUGAGGAGGAGGGCCACUUCGGUGUGAGGAAGGCUCGGUCCUUCAACGGCGGUGAAGGGGAUGGAGGAGGAGGAGGAGGGGGGGAGGCGGGGGUCGCCGUGGAGGGUGGGGGACUGCCUCUGCCACCUGGGUUCGCUGUCGAACCGGGAGGGGGGAGCCCAGCCGACGGCUCCCACGAGGUGGCACCGCGUCGGAAGCUGGGCCUGGGCGACUUCAACUUCAUCAAGGUCCUGGGGAAGGGCAGCUUCGGGAAGGUGCUGCUGGCGGAGCUGCGUGGCCGGGGGGGACGCCGGGCGGCUGGUGAGGGUGGUGAGGGUGGUGAGGGUGGUGAAGAGGGUGAGGAGGGUGAGGAUGGUGGUGAGGUGUUCGCCGUGAAGGUCCUGCGCAAGGACGCGAUCGUACAGGACGAUGACGUGGAGUGCACCCUGACGGAGAAGCGCGUCCUGGUGACGGGGCGUGCUCACCCCUACCUCACCCAGCUGCUCUGCUGCUUCCAGACCGCGGACCGGCUGUUCUUCGUGAUGGAGUGCGUGAGUGGAGGGGACCUCAUGUUCCACAUCCAGCGUGCACGCAAGUUCCCCGAGCCGCGAGCGCGCUUCUACGCUGCCGAGAUCACCUGUGCACUCACGUUCCUGCACACCCACGGCGUCGUCUACCGGGAUCUGAAGCUAGACAACAUCUUGCUGGAUGCCGAGGGGCACUGCAAGCUCGCCGACUUUGGGAUGUGCAAGGAGGGCGUGAAGGACGGGGUCACGACCUCCACGUUCUGCGGCACCCCCGACUACAUCGCUCCCGAGAUCCUACAGGAGCUGGAGUACGGCCCCUCUGUGGACUGGUGGGCCAUGGGGGUCCUUGUCUACGAGAUGGUGGUGGGCCAGCCGCCCUUCGAGGCGGACAAUGAGGACGACCUCUUUGACUCGAUCCUCCAUGACGAGGUGGCCUUCCCCAUGUGGCUCAGCACCCAGGCCGUCGACAUCCUCAAGGCCUUCAUGGUGAAGUCCCCGGCACGCCGUCUCGGCUGCGUGGCGGCGCAGGGUGGGGAGGCGGCGAUCCGCGCCCACCCCUUCUACCGCGGCCUCGACUGGGAUGCCCUGGAGCACCGCCGGCUCCCCGCUCCCUUCCGCCCACGCAUCCGGGGUAAGCGUGACGUGACCAACUUUGACGGGGACUUCACGCGCGAGGACCCGGCGCUGACUCCCACCGACCCGGCCGCCCUGCUGCAGCUCCACCCGGACGAGUUCCGGGGAUUCUCCUUCGUGGCCGAUGGGCCGGGGCCGGGCCUGGGGGGCGGGGGCGGCGCCCCCCCGUCCCCGCCGCCGUCGCCGCGACAACCGCGGCAGCCGACGCCCCCGCCGCGGUCCCCCACGGCGAGGGGUGGGGGGGCCCCGCGGCCCCCCCCCUGCCCCCGCCCGCCCCCGACCACGCUCGCCAUAGACCCGGUGCCGCGGGCCUGCGGCCCCGCCAGGUCGGCCGAAUAUUACGCCGAGUGUCGCCUGGGCUUCGGCCUCGGGGACGAGGAGGAGGAGGACGAGGUGUAGGGGAUGAUGAGGAGGAGUGGAUGAGGUGUAGAGGAUGAUGAGGAGGAGUGGAUGAGGUGUAGA